AUGAAUGAGGAGACGAGAGCACAAAGGCUCGGCUACUGGCCCUUGCAGCCACGUGCUCCCACGCAGCCCAAGGGAAUUGUUACACACGAAAAUGGUCUGCCACGAAGACUACGAACAGCCUAUACAAACACACAAUUACUAGAAUUGGAAAAGGAAUUUCAUUUCAACAAGUAUCUAUGCCGACCACGAAGAAUAGAAAUUGCAGCUUCACUUGACCUCACCGAACGCCAGGUGAAGGUGUGGUUUCAAAACAGACGUAUGAAACACAAAAGACAAACAUUGAGUAAAAGUGAAGAUGGUGACGACAAAGAUUCAACUACUUCUGAGGGUGGAAAGAGUUCCAAGACUGGACUUGAUAAAUUCCUGGAUGAUGACGGUCCACUGUCUGGAAAGAAAAGUUGUCAGGGUUGUGAACUGCCAUCUGGAGCUCUCUGCUCGCCAGCUGAAGAACUACCAGAGCUCGCUUCACGAACAAGGAACAAUAAUACCCCAAGUGCCACGAACAACAAUAGUUUCGCAAGUGAUGGCGCUUCAAGUGUAGCUUCAUCUUCGUCGCUAGAUAAACUAGCUGAAGAUGACUCGAGAGAUGCUCAUCCACCAGCAACUACAGUUCCUGCAGCCCCCAGAAACUUAGCCAAAAGAAUCAAACAGGAAUCAAGAAAGCGAUCGCCUUCUUUAGAUACUGCGUGCAAAGUCUCACCAUCUUCCUCUAAAGAUGGUCUUGGAGUAAUAGCUGGUUUACCCGAUGGUGCAAAAUUUUCUUCAGUCAGUUUAACCCCGUCAUCGACACCAGGAACGCCAUCAAGCAUGCACCAGAGCCCACUCGGGUACUAUCCACGUCCGUCGCCUCCAAAUGCACCGCCAGGAGCUUCACAUCCUCAAGCAGUACCAAAUGCAAUGCCACCAUACGUCAUAAGAGGUAAUGCACCUCCAGGUCAAUUUGUACCACAUCCUGAUUUUCGCAUGGAUUCAAAACAAUUUGUGGGUAAACUGGCACAAUAUCCACAAAACAAUAGAAAUUAUGAGAGUUACGGGGGAGCGAUACAAGGCGCUGCAGAGCAGCACGCUUAUAGUCGAGGCCAGGCACAUGCACGGCAGCAAGAUGGUUCACCCGCAAGACCAACUAAUGGUAUUGGAUCACGCCAAACUUACCCGCACGAAAUGUACCAAAACUACGGUUACCCAACGUAUGGAAAAGAUCAGGCGACGUACGGACAUCCCGGUUACGAACAGUCACAGGCUUAUGGAGAACAUAUGGGUUACCCGAACAGCCAUUAUGGUUAUCACUAUCAUGAAGGUCAACACGAACAUCCACACAAUUAUUACGGUAGUGAAGCUCAGAAAAAUGCUCAUGGGAAUGAAUAUGCAAAGAAUGCUUAUUACGAUAGUAGCGCGUAUGGAGCACAACAGGGCCCUGCUACUGGAAGUUACGCAGCUAGCACUCAGACCAAUGCGGCUGGUGAACCGUACGCCAAUAAUUCUGCCGAUUGCGGCGAUGGUUACGGUUCAUUCCAACAGUUUUAUGAAGCGACACAUGCCGCUCCAACUGGCGACAACUCUAACUCAUCUUCAGACUUCCAUUUCCUCAGCAACCUCGCUAACGACUUCGCGCCCGAAUACUACACCAUUUGA